UUUAACCACAGAAGGAGAAGGAGAAGACUUGUGGGGGCAGUAUGUACUAUGCACCUUAACGUUGGCCUGUAACCGCCAGAAAACUAAAAAGAAGAAGAAGAAUAGUUGUGCUUGUGGUUUGUAGUGGACGGUACUCUGGUAAUAACGUUCUACUGUUUUUAUAUAUUUUACUGAGGUCGAAAGAAUGUCGCAGCCUUCUGAAAUAAACAUGACAGACAUGCGCAGCGCAGAUAGCCUGUGGCCCGCUGCUGACGUCUGGAUCAAGAAGCCACAUGUAGUAAAUAAGAGACUGUGUGGCGUAACAGAGACGGAGUACAGGGACGUGGACACUGCGGAAUUAAUUCAGGUUUUAUCUCCUCUUCUGGGGACCAGUAUUAAGAUUGCUGAUAUUUCUAUGUUUCUUCACACUGAUAUUGUGGAUAAGGAGCAUGAAACUGCAGGACGCUGGUGUGUUGGAGUCAGAACUCUUAUUCCCAAAGUGAACAAGACAGGAGAGUGUCUAUACAAAGAGGUUAUCAUAAAAGAUAUUGUUGGGCAUGCAGUGACAUUUAUCCCUUUUGAAGAGACCGAUGUGGGACAGACUAUUGUCAAGAGCAGUAACAUUUAUCAAAUCCAGCUGCAGUUAAAGCCAGAGGAAUGGAUGUUGUCUCUUCACGCUCUGACGCCUGAGCAGUGGUGCAGUGAUGGAGUAGCUUACCCUAAAUUCUCGUGGCUCUGUACUAAACUGUUGCCUAAACUAUCACGCUGGGCUCUGGAGAGCAAGACCAGUGAGUUUAAGAGCACCCUUUCUCUCAUACCUGUGGAGAAAUACGGUAUCCUCUACCAGCAGCUGAAAGAAAAAUACAAAGAGUUAGUAAAGGUCUGGCCUGAAGUUACUGAUCCAGAGAAGUUUGUGUUUGAAGAUGUUGCCAUUGCUACAUAUUUGUUGAUCUUAUGGGGUGAAGAGCGUGCUGAAAAUGGAACAACAACCAAACAGUCCUUUGUGGAUCUUGGCUGUGGAAAUGGCCUCCUGGUUCACAUAUUAAACAAUGAAGGGCAUCCUGGAAAGGGCAUGGACAUUCGCAAAAGAAAGAUCUGGGACAUGUAUGGGCCUGGUACUCAUCUAGAGGAAAAGGCCAUCACACCCAGCAAUGACUUCCUCUUCCCCACCACGGACUGGCUGAUUGGAAACCACUCAGAUGAGCUUACACCAUGGAUCCCUGUAAUAGCAGCCAGAUCAUCUUACUCGUGCCGUUACUUCGUGCUUCCCUGCUGCUUUUUUGACUUCUGUGGGAAGUACCAGCGCCGACAAUGUAAGAAGUCUCAGUAUAAGGAGUACAUCGACUUCAUCUCUGAUGUCAGCACAGUGUGUGGCUUCUACACAGAGGAGGACUGUCUGAGGAUACCCUCUACCAAACGUGUAUGCAUAAUAGGCAAAGGAAGGAAAUACAGAGAGGCCGAAGAGGCCCUGGUAGAGAAGCACCGAAGUGAUUAUAUCAGGAGGCGUGAGGCUUUAUUCAUAAACUCAGGGGUCAGUAUGAAUGUCAAUCAAAGUGGCCAUUAUAGAUCUAAUCACAAUGACGAUGGACAGAAUAUUUCAACCCCUGCGAAUGACUGGGUGAACGGCUUCCAACCAAGAGAAAAGACAGAGACAAUUAGGAACUGCACAGCCCUUCCGAGGGAUUUGGUGAAUGAAGUGGUUCUAAGGGUAGCAAAGGCCUUGCUGAGUCUGACUGAGAGUAACACGGAGAGCAGCAAUUGUGGUGAUGCUUGGAACACAGGAGGCAGUUUGUUGAUUAGUGAAGUAGUCAACCUCCUCGACCAGUCUUCUCUGCAAGCACUAAAGAAAGAGUGUGGUGGUCUCCAGACUCUACUGAAAAACAACUACCAGGUGUUCAGAGUGGAGGGUGGAAGUGUCUUUAUUCGGGACUGGAGGACGCAUACACCGGCACAACGCUCUCGAGUGAGAUCCAAGCGCAAAGCCCCUCCCACAGGUGCCCUGAAGACCCGGCUUUGCUGGUUCCACAUACACCAUCCCCACGGAUGCCCUCUGCCCCGUGAGCACUGUGCCUUUGCUCAUGGAGAGACUGACUUCAAAAACACCUGAAGAUGAUUCAGACAUGAACAGUAGCUUGUUUUGGAAGAAGAACAUUUAGAAAAAGAAAAACACUCAAACAUAUUUUAGUUGAAUUUUUAAUUAUCCCAGGUUCUUAGACAUUAGGUUUAUUUUUUAUUUAUGAAAGUAACUGAAUUUAUUUCUGUUGUAUAAGAAACAUGAAAAAAUUAAUCAUGUCCAACUGUGUCCAGAUUUUAUUGUACAAAAAAAUGUAAAAUGUGUGUAAUGGGAUGCAUCGAUGUUUGGCAGGAAAUCGCCCCACUGGAGCGUGAAGAGGCUUGUGUUGGGAGAGGCAUAUGGUGUGUAAAUGUUAGGAGCAUGAAUAAUUUGGAGGGAAGAGUGGGGGGGAUGGACCAUCUGUGGGUCACUGCCCCUCUGCUCAAAUGUCAUCAGACAGGAUGUUCCUCUUAUGGGGGUCACUUGAGGUCAGGGUCUCAUCAUGGAUGCACAUUAAUAAGUAAACAAACAUUAGAUUAGGUCACAGUCACACAUCAAUUUAUGAACUGAUGAAAUAGUGUCUUCACUAUAUGAAAAUAGUGAUCACUCUUUUGUUUUGAAUUUUUUUCAUAAACUACCAUUCAAAAAUUUGAGGUCAGUAAUUUUUUGAAAGAAAUUAAUACUUUUAUUCAGCAAAGAUUUAUCAAUAAAUAAAUGCUGUUUUUUUUUGUUUUUUUGUUAUAUAUUGAUUCUGAAAUAAAAAAAAUUCUAGUUUCCACAAAAAUGUUAAGCAGCUCUGUUG